UCCCCGGGCCUCCCGCCCUUCCCGGGGACCCCUGGCCCCCAUCGCGGCCGCCUCAGGCAUAUCCCCCGUCAUUUUUGACUCCGAGCCCGGCCCUAGUCCUCCACCGCUCGGUUGCCUCACUCUCUCUCUCCUCCCCCCACCCCCCCACUCCCCGUCCGCAACCGGUGUCACAGACUCAGGGACUUCUAUCGUCUGUCUCCGUUUGCUGGGUGAAAGGAGCCAUGGGAACAACUCACUCUAAAUUCGAUCCAAAAACCCCCUUGGGCUGUCUUCUCGCUAAUUUUGACUGCCUGGGGUUUUCACAGGGCCUCAAACGAAAUCGCCUCACCUUUCUCUCCACUGAGGCCUGGCCCCUUUACAAAUUAGACAAUCAGUCUCAAUGGCCGCCCAACGGGACCUUCGACUUCCAAAUUUUAACAGAUCUGGACAACUUCUGCCAGAGAACUGGGAAAUGGCCUGAAGUCCCAUACAUACGGGCCUUUUGGGAUCUACGCUCUCGCCCCUCUCUUUGCUCCUUAUGCUCCACAACCCCAGAACUCCUCAGCCACUUAGCGAAGAGGUCGACAUCACCCCAUCACCUCUCUCCGAACCCCCUAAGGCUCCGUCGCGUCUCCCUCUCUGCCCUACACCACCCCCACACCCUGGGCCCGAUCCCCCCACCUCCAUCCACACCUCCUUUACCACCGACCCCCCCACCCUCUCAGUCCCCUAUCAGCCCCCCUACAGCUCCCAGCGCCUCACCUGUGGCCGCUCGAACCCGCUCCCAAACAACCCCAGAGCUUGACCUCGUCCGUCCCCUUAGGGAAGUCGCUGGAGCAGAAGGUGUAGUCCGAAUCCCUCUUCCCUUCUCCCUCCAAGACUUAUUCCAAAUUGAAAAGCGCUUGGGGUCUUUUUCCACCAAUCCGGCGGCCUAUAUCAAAGAAUUUCGCUACCUCACGCAGGCGUAUGACCUCACCUGGCAUGACAUUUUUGUCAUCCAGGCUUCCACCCUCUCCGCUGAGGAACGAGACCGCAUCCUGGCAGCAGCCCGAGCCCAUGCUGACCAGGCCCAUCUCACAGAUCCUACCAUGCCAGUGGGGGCCCUGGCCGUCCCGCAGCAGACCCUGGGUGGGACUACCAGGCAGGACUAGAUGCAGAGGCGGGACUGCAUGCUUCAGUGCCUUUUGGCGGGAAUGCAGGCGGCCUCCAACAAGGUGCUUAACUUUGUUAAGCUGAGGGAAGUCUUACACGGUCCCCAUGAAAACCCUGCGAUCUUCCUCAACCGUCUCACUGAGGCGCUUACUCGAUACACCCACCUUGACCCCACCUCCCACGCCGGAGCCAGAGUCCUCGCUAUGCACUUUAUUACCCAGUCAGCUCCAGACAUCCGUAAAAAACUAAAAAAGGCAGAGGUGGGCCCUGAGACCCCAAUACAAGAUUUGUUGAAACUGGCAUUUAAAGUUUUUAACACUCAAGAAGAGACGGCUGAAGCCCGUCGUCAGUCUCGCAUGAAACAGAAGGUAGCGCUCCAAACCCAAGCUUUGGUGGGGGCCCUGAGGCUGACAGGCCCCGGAUGCCGACAAGUGGGGGUCCCCAUAAAGUUGACCCCGCCAGGGGCUUGCUUUAAAUGCGGCAACGAGGGUCACUGGGCCCGCCAAUGCCCCAACCCAGGGACCCCGACCAGACCCUGUCCAGCCUGCCGACAGAUGGGGCAGUGGAAGUCAGACUGUCCUUCAGUCAGACGCUCACCGGCGCCUCCACGCGGAGGACCGACUGACCAGACAAUCCCCUCACUUGGAACGCCUCGGGUUGGCGGACGACUGAUGAAGCCCAGACUUGGGGACCCCCCUCACCCUCGUCGAGCCCAGGGUAACGCUCCAGGUAGCGAUAAAACCUGCCUUUUCCUCCGGAAGAAUGUUGCUACUACAUCAACGAAUCUGGGAUGGUCAAAAACCAACAUUAACACCUUAACAACACUCAAAGAGGACCUCCAACAGCGCCAACAACAUGUCUCAGUGGUGGCACUCCACUCUCCUAACCUGGUUGGUACCAAUUCUAGGACCCAUCCUAAUCCUGUGCUUUCUAUUACUGUUGGCUCCUUGUACUCUAAACUUUCUCCAGGAAUGGAUCCUCGAAGUCUUCCGAGUCACGGUCAAUCAGCUCUUACUACAUCUCUGUACCCGCCUCCCGACUGAAAUCCCGGCCACCGACGAACCCCCACAUCGCCCCUCUCCAGCAGGAAGUAGCCAGAUCUGAGUCCGGCACCCAUCAUACCAAAAAGGUCGGGAUGUUUGGCCGUGGAGGCGGGUUCGACCUUCAGAUGCCAGAACAACGAGGGCAAUGUCACUGACCUGAUGUGGCCCCACCCGGAACAAGGAACUGACAGUCCUCACACGGAACAAGGAACAGCCACCAAAAUUACUGCAUAUGGGCAAGCCGCUGCUUCAUGACACCCCCUGCUCAUCCGGCCCCAUAAAAAUGCUUUAUCCCAUCCCUGGGUGCAACAUCCCUGGCCCCUCUCUGUAUGGAGCAGUGAACCUUGCCCAGGAGGGCUCCCAAUAAAGGCUUUUUACUCCCUUA